AACGAGGACUUCGAACCGCCAUCAGGUCGGUCCUUCUUCCCUAUGGUUUUUUGAUGUAUAUACGUGUUACUGGUGUCAGAAGGCAGGUUCAGGGCCUAGGUGAGGUAAGAGAGUGGCGGAGGGUAUUCACACAAGUCAGACUCAAAGAGUUCUGCCAGCGCUUUUCCAACGGUACAAGACCGCACCGAUCAGCUGGGUCUUUCAUCACACCAACGCGUGUCCGACGUCCGCUGUUUUGUUGCUUAUAAGACGAAUCCACUUCUUCAUUAGUUUGGAAGUACCAUGGGGAAGAAGAGCAAUGCAAAGAAGGUUUCAAACCGCAGCGCUGGUCCAGCAAAGCUGCUGCCUCAGACCCGAGGGGAGCUGACUGUCAUUGUUGAUAAUGUAUUUAAACGCUGUACCAAAGUUCCACCAGCCACUACUCCCAGCCCAGCACAAGAGUGGGCUGAACACCUUGAGAUCUACAAGCUCAUUGAGAAGAUCAGAGAAAUAGAGAAAGAUAUCCAGCUUCCCCAGUACCCUCGCCUAGAACAAGUAACCCCUUUCAUGAUGUGGCUGAAAGAAAAAAAUGUUACUGUGUCUGGCGUGGAAGUGGUAGAUUAUGGACCACUAGGUCUGGGACUACGAGCUUGCCGAGACCUGAAGCAGGGGGAGGAGGUCAUUGUGGUGCCCAAGGAGGCCAUGAUAACAGAAGAGACAGCCAGGAAAUCAUAUUUGGGUCCUCUGAUUGAACGUGACCCCAUCCUGCAGCAUAUGGGCAACGUGUGCCUGGCACUACAUGUCUUAGGGGAGUAUGUCAGUCCCAAUUCACCAUGGCUGCCCUAUCUCCAUCUCCUGCCUUCCUCUUACACCACCACCUUGUAUUUCACCCCAGACCACUACCAGGCACUCAAAGGUUCACCAGUCCUAGAUGAGGCAGUGAAGCAGUUCCGUAACAUAGCACGGCAAUACUCCUAUUUCUAUCGCAUCUUGCAGUCAUCUCCUGAUGCCAAGAGCUGGCCCAUCAGGGACUACUUCACCUUUGAUGCCUACAGGUGGGCUGUAUCAACUGUGAUGACCCGCCAGAAUCGAAUCCCCAUGGAGGGUGGAAGUGGUCAGCUGGCCCUCAUUCCUGCCUGGGACAUGGCCAACCAUGAGCAAGGAAUUUACUCCACUGCUUUUGAUGAAGGAGGCAGAGGGUGUCUGUGCCUUGCCCAGCGUGGGUUCAGUGCAGGGGAGCAGUUCACUAUCCACUACAGUCAACGCCCAAACAACGAGUUCUUCCUCCACAGUGGCUUCACAGACCCAGACAACAAGAAUGAUAGCCUGCCCAUCAAGUUGGGAGUAAGUAAAAAUGACCCACUAAACCAGGAGAAGGUGGCACUGCUGGCCUCCUUGGGUUUGCCUGCCUCAGGCUCCUUCAUGCUAGUGCCUGGCCUUCACCCUAUUUCCCCUGGCCUUCUUGCCUUCACCAGGAUCUUUUGUAUGGACAAAGAUUCCCUGGAUAAGUGGAAGGAAGAUGGAGAGAAGGCACGUGGAUUGAUGCAUGAGGACUGUGAUGUGGGCACCACUGUGGAGGACAAAACUUGGGCUUUUUUGCACACACGUGUGUCCCUCUUGACCCGGGCUUAUCCUACUACAAUGCAGGAGGAUGAAACAUUGAUGGAAGGAGCCUCAGGCCUGGAUGCCUUGCUACGGUCUCAGCUGCUGUGUGAGAAAAGAAUCCUGAAGGACGCUGCAACUUACCUUACUUCUCGCACCACCAAGUGAGUGCUGGCAGUGGCUCAGUGGCUGUGCUGAUAAAGGCUUGCCCAAGAAAUCCUUGAUUUGCUCUGUUUGUCUUGUUUAUGCCUGUGAGUGAUCUGAAAUAUCUGAAAGAAUUUUUCCCAGUUUUUGGAAAAUCAGUUUUACUCCAUAGGAAUAUUUUCUGGUCAUUAUUUAUAGAAUGUGCACAAAAUAAGAAAAUACAAACAUUGGUUGUAUGCUGUACCCGCAAAGCAUUAGUAAGUUUCCUCAAAAUGAACUUUACCAAGAGAUCAUUACUAAGUGUCCUCAGAGACAAAUGACUCACCAGAUGCAAACAAUGACUGAUGAAUAAACCAUUACACAACAAC